CAGUGCGAGGCGCGAGCGGAAUGCAGCGGCCCGAGGCCUGGCCACGUCCGCACCCGGGGGAGGGGGCCGCGGCGGCCCAGACCGGGGGCGCGGCGCCGCCCGCGGGAGCCGGGGAGCCCUCGGGGCCGCGGUUGCAGGAACCUUCCCUCUACACCAUCAAGGCUGUUUUCAUCCUAGACAAUGAUGGGCACCGGCUGCUGGCCAAGUACUACGAUGACACAUUCCCCUCCGUGAAGGAGCAGGUGGUCUUCGAGAAAAAUGUCUUCAACAAGACCAGCCGCACCGAGAGUGAGAUUGCGUUUCUUGGGGGCAUGACCAUCGUCUACAAAAGCAGCGUUGACCUUUUCCUGUACGUGGUGGGCUCUUCGCAGGAGAAUGAGCUGAUGCUUAUGGCCGUGCUCACCUGCCUGUUUGAGUCGCUGAGCCACAUGUUAAGGAAGAAUGUGGAGAAGCGCUGGUUGCUCGAGAACUUGGAUGGAGCCUUCUUGGUGCUGGACGAGAUUGUGGAUGGCGGGGUGAUUCUGGAAAGUGACCCCCAGCAAGUGGUCCAGAAAGUGAAUUUUAGGGCUGAUGACAGUGGGUUAACAGAGCAGAGCGUGGCCCAGGUUCUUCAGUCUGCCAAGGAACAGAUUAAAUGGUCGCUAUUAAAAUGAAGGCUGCGGCAGAUGCAAGGCCUCCUGCUCUUGGGACCCAUCCUGGCACAUGCCCAGCAGCCCCAAGGGACCUGAGCGACCCCCCUCUGCCAAUCCCAGGCCCUCCCAGCACUGACCGCAGGCUUCUCGGCACCGUGGCUCUGAAAACCAAAGGCUAGACCUGGGCACUGCCUUUGGGCCCUGAGAGCCAGCCGAGCUGCCUAACUCGCUCUUCGGGCCUCUCUGGCCCCAGGGUCCUAAUAAACCUGCCAAGGGUCUCCUCUCCUGGCCUGGGAA